AUGAACAGAAUAAAGAAUGUCUUUCAUCGUUCACAGAAACCAAUGGAAGAGAGACGACCACAUCAAUUCAUAAAAAGACACUCUUCAACUCGCACUUACAAUAGUAGUAAUAAUGAUAAUGCAUUUGAGACAACACAAGUCAAUGAACCACCUGCUAUCAAUCUAUCAGAUUUAUCAGAGAUGGAGAGACCAGCUUAUCAGUCAUGGUGGAAGGACCUUGACCCCUUUAAUAUUGGUAGAAUAAACAAUCAAACCAUCUUGAAAUUUCUCAAGGGUUGUACUUUGGAAGAUGAUAAACUUGAGCAAAUCUUGGCUUUAUUCGAAACAGCAGGCGAUGGACUUGAUCAAUUACAGUUCUUUGCAAUGCUUAGAUUAAUAGCUCAUGCACAAAAUGGUCGAAAGAUUAGCAAAGCAUUAGUGUACUUGGGAGCGCCUAUACCCCACUUUCAUACCAACGCCAUUGAUGCCUUGAUCAAAUCCGAUGUUACUGCGACACCUAGGGCGAACAAUGAUAAACAGGUUGGACGAAGAACUUGGUGGGGGCCAGAGACACGGUCAUCAGUGGACGACAAUAACAGACGCUCUUAUAUCGGACCAUUUACAACACAUCACCCUGUACCUGAAUCAGAACGACAAGAUACAGUCAUGGAUUUAUAUUAUCCAAGUGAUAAUCUUUGGACUGUACCCAGUGCACCUCCACUCUUUACACAACCUUCGCCUCUACCCAAAAGCGAAUAUACACACUCUCGCUCAAAAUCAGCAGGCAAUGCAGCUGCGUACAUACAACCAUUUGACCUUCAAGAACAACUUCACUCAUCACGAUCCUCACUUUCUUUGCAUGAAUUGAAUAGCAAUAAUAAUAAUAACCCAGGAAAAUCACUAUUAUUAACACAAAAAUUCGUAUACCAAUCACCUUCGAUUCGAAAGCAAGAACUGCAAUCAACAAACAAUCCAUUCCAUUCGACCGAGUUACGUAGUCCCUUUGACGAUGAUGAUAACAACAGUAAUACACUCACCCAUAUACCAGCAUAUACCGCUAUUAAUGAUAAACCAAAUUCAGAUAACAUACCUCCUCCUCCAGUACCCAAUCAAGAUACGAAACCACCAUUUCCCAAGUAUGCCAGAAGGACGACACCCAAAGACCUUUUGAGUUAA